AGCCGGUAGUUCAUGAUUAUGCCAAAAGGAUUAAAGGAAUUUACACUUUAAAUGAGCGUAUUGCCAAAGAAAUUCAAAAAACAUUAAAGGCAGAUGAAGUUCCAAUUGUUCUAGCCGGAGAUCAUAGUUCAGCUCUUGGAACCAUAAGCGGGAUUCGUAUGGCUUACCCAGAGAAGAAACUCGGGGUUAUCUGGAUCGAUGCUCAUGCCGAUCUUCACAGUCCCUACACUACACCAAGCGGUAACAUGCAUGUUUGUGCUACAUGUCCAAAGUCCCUUU